AUGUCUGAUGUUAACGGUCAUCGACUCUUUCGUUACCGCUUCCCUCGCCCCGAAUGGCUUAACAGCGCCAACACGAGAACAGCAGGCGUCUACCUAUCUGGCGCAUUGUUCUGUAUAGCCCUCUUCGUCCUGAUCGAUGCCUCAGUCUACAGCAACGGGCGCCUAAACGGCUCAGACCUGCACCUAAACUUCGUCGACUGGAUCCCAGGCAUAUUCUCUUUCCUGGGAAUGUUGGUCAUCAAUAGCAUUGAUAAGUCAAGGCUCUCAGGCGACACAUGGGCAUACUCUGGUGACGCUGUGGCAUGGAAGGCAAGAGUUGUACUGUUCUUGGGCUUUGCGGCUAUGGCUGGAGGUCUGGCUGGAGGUGUGACAAUCAUGGUGUUGAAGUAUGUUACGGCUGGAGCGCAAGGUAUGGUGCUUUGGUUCGGUGUGGCGAACUUGGUGAGCAAUGCGCUGGUUAUGUUGAGCUCGGCCGUGCUGUGGAUCAGCCAGAACAUGGAGGACGAUUAUACCUACAACCUUGCGCUUUGA